AGUAGAGAAGAGCAUCACAGAAGUUGGUCAGGAGCUGACAGAGCUGGUGGAACAUCUUGUAGACAUUGUCAGGAGCCUGCAGAAUCAGAGGCCACUAUCAGAAUCUGGACCAGACAAUGAACUGAGCAUCCUGGGCAAGGUUUUUUCUUCUGGGGUGGAUCUUUCCAUGACUUCUCCAAAGCUGUUGAUUUCCGACACAGCUGCAGGGAGAAUCAGAGAUAUUCUCCAAGACCUAGAAGAAAUUCAGGAAAAAUUACGAGAAAACGUCGCCCAGAAAGAGACUCCUGAAGCACAGACGCAGGGAGAACUCCCGGAAGCCCCAUCUUCCUCCUCAUGCCCAUUGCCUGACCAGAGCCACCCUGCACUCAAGAGAGCUUCUCAGUUUGCUCAGUGGGCCAUCCAUCCAACCUUUAACUUGAAGAGCCUUUCCUGCAGCCUGGAGGUGUCCACGGAUUCCCGUACAGUGACUGUGUCUCACCGCCCACAACCCUAUCGCUGGAGCUGUGAGAGGUUUUCUACCAGCCAGGUCUUGUGUUCCCAGGCCCUCUUUUCUGGAAAGCAUUACUGGGAAGUGGACACUAGGAACUGCAGCCACUGGGCAGUUGGGGUGGCUUCCUGGGAGAUGAGCCGUGACCAGGUCCUGGGAAGGACUAUGGACUCUUGUUGUGUGGAAUGGAAGGGGACUAACCAGCUCUCUGCAUGGCACAUGGUCAAGGAAACUGUCCUUGGCUCAGACAGACCUGGGGUGGUGGGCAUCUGGCUGAACCUUGAGGAGGGGAAGCUUGCCUUCUAUUCGGUGGACAAUCAGGAGAAGCUUCUGUAUGAGUGUACCAUCUCUGCCGCCUCUCCUCUGCACCCUGCCUUCUGGCUGUAUGGCUUAUAUCCUGGAAAUUACCUGAUAAUAAAGCAAGUAAAGGUGUAAGGUUUCCUCAGGGAUUACAA